AUGACCCAAACCAUGUCUGGCCCAAAUGAUUGGCUCCAAUUCUACAACCAAAAUCUCACACCUUCAAUCCCGGACUUAACGGUCACUACUGCUGCUACCGCUACAAGUUCUUUGCAGGAUUUAUCGAAUUCCAGUCCAUCAAACGCAACCUAUUUAGGUCCAGAAGGACGUGUGGGCAAAUCCACGCGCCGUCGCUCUCGGGCCUCACGCCGAACUCCGACCACCUUGCUCAACACAGACACCACAAACUUCCGAGCCAUGGUUCAACAGUUUACGGGAGGCCCGAGUGCACCCUUUGCACCGAGCCCAUCACCAGCACCUCAAGUCUUGCCAAACCUCUUGGGCUUUGGGUUCCCCUCACGCCCUAUCCCUUCUCUAAGCCCAACAACGCUUGUUAUGUCAACACCCCCUCUAAGCUACCACCACCUUCACCAACAACAGCAACGUCAACAGCACAUGUUUCAGCAGCAAAACCAACAAUACAAUUUGUAUAGUGCUGCUGGUGGCACACAAAGUGAAGACCAGAAUAACAUGUUUUUUCAGAGGCUAAGUAGCAAUCCAAUGAGCCCCCCAACAAGCAAUGUUGUUGUUAAGGAAAACAAUCGAGAUGGGGUUGUGAAUUUGGAUCAAGGUCGCUUCUUACCAAGCACUUCUUCUUGA